CAGGCUUGCGGGGAAACUUCCUUAUUAUUGUGACGCCGAAAACCGAGAAACCCCGCGCGCGGCCGGAGGGGCUGUGACAGCCGGAACCCCACGCUGAGCUGUUCAGGUGAGGAGGAAGUCCUGGCUUCUGUCCCUGUGCCAGCCGUGUGAUCUGUGGCUACAUGACUCCCUGAAGGACACGAACAAUGUUAUGCUGGGGCUAUUGGUCUCUGGGCCAGCCAGGAAUCAGCUCGAACCUGCAAGGAAUUGUGGCUGAGCCACAGGUGUGCGGAUUCAUAUCGGACAGGAGCGUCAAGGAAGUGGCGUGUGGAGGGAACCACUCGGUGUUCCUGCUGGAGGACGGGGAGGUCUACACGUGCGGCCUCAACACCAAGGGCCAGCUGGGCCACGAGCGGGAAGGCAACAAGCCAGAACAAAUUGGAGCUUUGGCAGAUGAGCACAUCAUUCAUGUGGCCUGUGGCGAGUCCCACAGCCUGGCCCUCAGUGACCGGGGCCAGCUGUUUUCUUGGGGUGCAGGGAGUGAUGGCCAGCUAGGACUCAUGACAACUGAGGAUUCUGUGGCAGUGCCCAGGUUAAUACAGAAGCUGAACCAGCAGACCAUACUGCAGGUUUCCUGUGGCAACUGGCAUUGCCUGGCGCUUGCAGCUGAUGGCCAGUUCUUCACGUGGGGAAAGAACAGCCACGGGCAGCUGGGUCUGGGGAAGGAAUUCCCCUCCCAAGCCAGCCCCCAGAGGGUGAGGUCCCUGGAGGGGAUCCCGCUGGCUCAGGUGGCUGCAGGAGGGGCCCACAGCUUUGCCCUCUCUCUCUCAGGAGCUGUUUUUGGCUGGGGGAUGAAUAAUGCAGGGCAGCUAGGGCUCAGUGAUGAAAAAGAUCGAGAGUCCCCGUGCCAUGUGAAACUCUUACGAACACAGAAGGUUGUCUAUAUUAGUUGUGGAGAAGAACACACAGCUGUCCUCACAAAGAGUGGAGGUGUGUUUACCUUUGGCGCCGGUUCCUGUGGGCAGCUCGGCCAUGACUCCAUGAACGAUGAGGUGAAUCCCAGAAGAGUUCUCGAGCUGAUGGGCAGUGAAGUUACCCAGAUUGCCUGUGGCCGACAGCACACCCUAGCCUUCGUGCCUUCUUCCGGACUCAUCUAUGCAUUUGGCUGCGGAGCGAGAGGCCAGCUGGGAACCGGACACACGUGCAAUGUGAAGUGCCCGUCUCCGGUGAAAGGCUACUGGGCCGCUCACAGUGGUCAGCUUUCAGCCCGAGCUGAUCGACUUAAAUAUCAUAUUGUUAAGCAGAUCUUCUCUGGAGGAGACCAAACUUUUGUACUUUGCUCCAAAUAUGAGAGUUCUUCUCCUGCUGUUGACUUCAGAACCAUGAACCAAGCACAUUAUACCAGCUUAAUAAAUGACGAAACCAUAGCAGUGUGGAGACAAAAGCUGUCAGAACACAACAAUGCAAAUACAAUCAAUGGUGUUGUCCAGAUACUAUCUUCUGCAGCCUGUUGGAAUGGAAGUUUUCUUGAAAAAAAAAUUGAUGAACAUUUUAAAACAAGCCCCAAAAUCCCUGGGAUUGACCUGGACUCAACUAGAGUGUUAUUUGAGAAGCUAAUGAACUCUCAGCAUGCCAUGAUUCUAGAACAGAUCUUAAACAGCUUUGAAAGUUGCCUGAUUCCUCAGUUGUCAAGCUCACCACCAGAUGUUGAAGCGAUGAGGAUCUACUUAAUCCUGCCCGAGUUUCCCCUGCUCCAGGAUUCCAAGUAUUACAUAACGCUGACGAUACCCCUGGCGAUGGCCAUUCUGCGGCUGGAUGCGAACCCUAGCAAAGUGUUAGAUAACUGGUGGUCUCAGGUAUGCCCGAAAUAUUUCAUGAAGCUGGUCAACCUCUAUAAGGGUGCAGCCCUUUAUCUCCUGAAGGGAAGGAAGACGUUCUUAAUUCCUGUACUGUUUAACAAUUACAUUACAGCGGCUCUCAAGCUCCUGGAGAAGUUAUACAAGGUCAAUCUUAAAGUGAAGCAUGUGGAAUAUGAUGCGUUUUACAUUCCUGAGAUUUCUAACCUCGUAGACAUUCAGGAAGACUACCUCAUGUGGUUCUUGCAUCAGGCGGGAAUGAAAGCUAGACCAUCUAUAAUACAGGACGCUGUAACACUAUGCUCCUACCCCUUCAUCUUUGAUGCCCAAGCCAAGACCAAAAUGCUACAGACCGAUGCUGAAUUACAGAUGCAGGUGGCCGUCAAUGGAGCCAACCUGCAGAAUGUCUUCAUGCUUCUCACCCUGGAGCCUCUGCUGGCCAGAAGCCCCUUCCUGGUCCUCCACGUUCGCCGGGACAACCUGGUUGGAGACGCCCUGAGGGAGCUGAGCAUUCAUUCUGAUAUUGACUUGAAAAAGCCUCUCAAAGUAAUCUUUGACGGGGAGGAAGCGGUGGAUGCUGGCGGCGUUACCAAGGAGUUCUUUCUUCUGCUGUUGAAAGAACUUUUGAAUCCCAUCUACGGGAUGUUCACUUACUAUCAGGACUCAAAUCUCUUGUGGUUUUCAGAUACAUGUUUUGUAGAACAUAACUGGUUCCACUUGAUCGGCAUCACCUGUGGGCUGGCCAUCUAUAACUCCACGGUGGUGGACCUCCACUUCCCCUUGGCUCUCUACAAGAAGCUACUGAAUGUAAAGCCCGGCUUGGAAGACUUAAAGGAGCUGUCCCCUACCGAAGGAAGGAGCCUUCAGGAGCUUCUAGAUUACCCCGGUGAAGACAUUGAGGAGACUUUCUGCCUCAACUUCACGAUCUGCCGAGAGAGCUACGGGGUGAUUGAGCAGAAGCAGCUGAUCCCCGGCGGCGACCGGGUGGCGGUGUGUAAGGGGAACAGGCAGGAAUUUGUGGAUGCCUACGUGAAUUACGUCUUCCAAGUCUCCAUUCAUGAAUGGUACACAGCCUUCUCCAGCGGCUUCCUGAAGGUGUGUGGUGGCAAAGUGCUCGAGCUCUUCCAGCCUUCAGAACUGAGGGCCAUGAUGGUGGGGAACAGCAACUACAACUGGGACGAGCUACAAGAGUCGGCCAUCUAUAAGGGCGAUUACUCAGCCACACAUCCCACUGUGAAACUAUUCUGGGAAACAUUUCAUGAGUUUCCCCAGGAGAAGAAGAAGAAGUUUCUACUGUUCCUGACGGGCAGCGACCGGAUUCCCAUCUACGGCAUGGCCAGCCUGCAGAUCGCCAUCCAGUCCACCGCCAGCGGGGAGGAGUACCUGCCCGUAGCGCACACGUGCUACAACCUCCUCGACCUCCCCAAGUACAGCAGCAAAGAGGUUCUGAGGGCUCGGCUCACCCAGGCCCUUGACAACUACGAGGGGUUCAGUCUGGCCUGAGGCUCCCCAGCCUGACCUAGGCGUCUCUCCCCCUCCUGCUCGGGUACACACAGGGGCCCCUUGGGAAGAUCAUGGGGAGGGAGCUCUAUUUUUUUAUUCUCUAAGUGGGUUGGGACUUUCGAAUCCUGAAGCUGGCAGAUAGGUUUCCGGGGUUGUAAGGAGCAUUACAGCCUUUUUGAAAAAAUCAGGAGUUGGGGGAUAAAAUUGGCUCUGGGCUAGGAGGUGGUUUGGAUUUGUUUUGUUUUUGUUUUAAACCUCAGCUACCCAGUGUCCCUUGCACCUGUGAUUGUGUUGCAGUCUGCUGG